AUGGCUGCUCAAAACAAUUGCAACAAAGACCCCAAUGAGAAACAUGGGGAUAAGGGCAAAGAGGUCAAAGCGAGCCCUGCACACUCCACUGUGGCUUUGAUUGAGGAAGAGCAGGAGGACGCAGACCCAUGGGAUCUGCCAGAGCUGAAGGACACAGGGGUCCCAUGGUCAGCUCUGGAUACCAAGGGGAAGGUGUUGAGAGUGUUGGUGUCGGUGGGGAAGUUGGUCCUGCUGCUGGGUUUCCUUUACAUGUUCAUCUGCUCUCUGGACAUCCUCAGCUCAGCGUUCCAGCUUGUUGGAGGUAAAGCAGCAGGUGACAUCUUCCAGGACAACAAAGUUCUGUCCAACCCUCUGGCUGGACUUGUCAUUGGUGUCCUGGUCACUCUGCUGGUCCAGAGCUCGUCCACUUCCUCCUCCAUAGUAGUCAGCAUGGUCUCCUCUGGACUGCUUACGGUCCAGCUGGCUGUUCCUAUCAUCAUGGGCACCAACAUCGGCACCUCUGUCACCAACACACUUGUUGCCAUGACGCAGGCAGGUGACCGCAGCACCUUUCGCAGGGCGUUUGCAGGGGCCACAGUGCACGAUUUCUUCAACUGGCUCUCUGUGCUGGUGCUACUGCCUCUGGAGGUUGCCACUGGUUAUUUGUACGUGGUCACCAAGCUGAUCAUUGACUCUUUCAAAAUUGAGAGUGGAGAGGCCCCAGACUUGUUGAAUGUGAUCACUGAUGUCCUCACUGAGUCAAUUAUAGAGUUGGAUCAGUCUGUUAUUAGUGGGAUUGCCACUGGAGACCCAGAAGCCAGGAACAAAAGUCUCAUCAAGAUAUGGUGCCAAACCUUCUCCAACACAACUUUAAUGAACGUCACAGUGCCUGGUCCAGAGAACUGUACGUCUCCGUCUCUCUGCUGGGUCGAUGGCAACUACACCUUCACACUGAAGAACAUUUCUGAAACGUACAAUGUCAAGAAAUGUAAGCAUCUCUUUGUGAACGUGAAUCUGCCUGACCUGGCUGUGGGUCUGAUCCUGCUGGCUCUGUCUCUGCUGGUGCUCUGCUCCUGCCUCAUCCUGAUAGUCAAGCUGCUCAACUCCAUGCUGAAGGGACAGGUUGCUUCAGUCAUCAAGAGGAUCCUUAACACUGAUUUCCCAUUUCCAUUUGGCUGGGUCACAGGUUACAUUGCUAUUUUAGUCGGAGCUGGCAUGACCUUCAUUGUGCAGAGCAGUUCGGUGUUCACUUCUGCUAUUACUCCACUUGUUGGUAUUGGUGUCAUCAGCAUAGAAAGAGCAUACCCAUUGUCUCUGGGUUCAAAUAUUGGCACAACCACCACAGCCAUCCUGGCAGCUAUGGCUAGUCCUGGAGACACACUGGCUAAUGCUCUACAGAUUGCCCUUGUGCACUUCCUGUUCAACAUCUCUGGCAUAAUUCUGUGGUAUCCAGUCCCCUUCACCCGCAUCCCUAUCCGGCUGGCUAAAAGCCUGGGCAACAUCACGGCCUCCUACCGCUGGUUCGCUGCUGUCUACAUCAUCUGUUGCUUCUUCAUUCUACCGCUCUUUGUCUUCAGCCUGUCGCUGGCCGGCUGGCAGGUAUUGGUGGGUGUUGGAGUACCUCUGGUGGUCAUGCUGAUCACCAUCAUGGUGAUUAACAUGUUGCAGAAACGGAAACCCGGGUGUCUGCCUGCAGUACUGAGAUCCUGGGACUUCCUCCCUCUCUGGGCCCAUUCCUUGGCUCCCUGGGACAAAGUGGUUGGUGUGAUUACUGCCAAAUGCUGUUGCUGCUGCAAAUGCUGCCAGGUUGCUGCUGACGACCAAGAACACAGAGACAAAGAAUCUGUGAAAAAUGACAAGAAAUCACACCCAGCAGUGUACGAUAACCCUGCAAUGAGUGCAGAGAAGGAGAUGGAGAAUGAGAUAAAUUUAGAGCUAAAGAUUCUGAAAAUGACCCGGCUUUGAGAUUUCAUAUAUUUGUGUGACUGUUUGUGUAUGAUGCAAAGAAGUGCAUUGGUUAUGGACCAAAUCAAUUUAGACAAAACUCUUAAAUUCAAGUAAUAUUUAUGUCAUUCCUUCAGUGUAAGACUGGAAAUUCUAUGUAAGAAAUUCUAACUCUCAGCGAAUCAAGAGCCAGACAGAACUGAUGAAAACUGAAGUGGCCUUUAAAGGAUAAAGCUGGCAAUAUUCUUUUUUUUGGUUCUUAUUUUUAACAAAUCCCACAAUGCAUUAGUCCAUUUCUCAGCUUAUCUCGUCCUCUGCUUGG